CCCCUGGUCCUGGGCAUGAGGCUGGAGAGCAGCAACCUCCCCGCGCCGAACGCGGCGAACUUCUCCCCCAUCCAGGUGCUGGAGGGCACCGAGAUCAAGCUGCGCCUCUACGGGCUGGGCAUGCACGCCCGCGUCUCCGAGAUGGUCUCCUUCUCCGAGGUGGGCCCCGGCGGCAACGCCUCCUUCUGGGGCGAGGCCGCCAACGCCACCUGCCCCGAGAAGACGCAGGACCUGGUGGUGCACCGGCGCGCCGAGGAUAGCAGGGAUACCUCGGCCGUGGUCUCCGUGACGGUGCAGCUCCUGCGCAAGGCGGAGAAGUCCAAGCUGUACGUUCUGUGCACGCAGAGCGGCCCCGGGCAGCCCUGGCUACCCCUGGAGGGCCGCGAUGCCUUCCUGCAAGUGAUGGAGGAGAAGAAGCACCUGCUGCCACUCUGGUUCCAGGUGAUCCUCAUCGUCUGCCUCCUGGUCCUCUCAGGUAUGUUCAGCGGGCUCAACCUGGGCCUCAUGGCCCUGGACCCCAUGGAGCUGCGCAUCGUUCAGAACUGCGGCACCGAGAAGGAGAAGCGCUACGCCCGCCGGAUCGAGCCCAUCCGCCGGAAGGGCAACUACUUGCUCUGCUCCCUCCUCCUGGGCAACGUGUUGGUCAACACCACUCUCACCAUUCUCCUCGACGACCUCAUCGGCUCUGGACUGGGGGCCGUUGUGGCCUCCACCACGGGAAUCGUGAUCUUUGGGGAGAUCGUCCCGCAGGCCCUCUGCUCCCGUCAUGGCUUGGCGGUGGGGGCCAACACCAUCGUGGUCACCAAGUUCUUCAUGCUGUUGACCUUUCCCCUCUCCUUCCCCGUCAGCAAGCUCCUGGAUUGUGUGCUUGGUCAAGAAAUUGGCACGGUCUACAAUCGGGAGAAGCUGGUGGAGAUGCUGAAGGUGACGGAACCUUACAAUGACCUGGUGAAGGAGGAGCUGAACAUGAUCCAAGGGGCCCUGGAGCUUAGGACUAAGACAGUGGAAACUGUCAUGACCCCACUGCACGACUGUUUCAUGAUCAACAGUGACGCCAUCUUGGAUUUCAACACCAUGUCUGAGAUCAUGGAGAGUGGCUACACUCGUAUCCCCGUCUUUGAGGAGGAGCGGUCCAACAUUGUGGAUAUACUUUACGUCAAGGACCUGGCCUUUGUAGACCCUGAUGACUGCACCACCCUCAAGACUAUCACUAAGUUCUACAACCACCCUGUCCAUUUUGUCUUCCAUGACACCAAGUUGGAUGCCAUGCUGGAGGAAUUCAAGCUGGGUAAAUCGCACCUGGCCAUUGUCCAGAAGGUGAACAAUGAAGGUGAAGGUGACCCUUUCUAUGAGGUGCUGGGCCUGGUGACACUGGAGGAUGUCAUUGAGGAAAUCAUCAAGUCAGAGAUCCUGGACGAGUCAGAUAUGUACACUGACAACCGAUCCAGAAAACGAGUGAAUAACCAGAAGAACAAAAGGGACUUUUCUGCCUUUAAAGACAAUGACACAGAGUCCAAGGUGAAGAUCUCCCCGCAGCUGCUCCUAGCUGCUCACCGCUUUCUCUCUACGGAAGUGACACAGUUCACCCCCUCCCUCAUUUCGGAAAAGAUCCUGCUCCGACUGCUCAAGCACCGCGACGUCAUCAAUGAGCUGAAGUACGACGAAGAAAACAAGAAGUGCCCCCAGCACUUCCUCUUCAACAGGAACAAGCCAGCUGACUUCUUCAUCCUCAUCCUGCAGGGCAAAGUGGAGGUGGAGGCCGGCAAGGAGAAUAUGAAAUUUGAGACCGGUCCUUUCUCCUAUUACGGAGUGAUGGCAUUGAGCCCGUUGGUCACCACAAUUUCAGAGGUGCGUUCUCCAUCUCACUUGAGCAAUCUGAAUCGGUCGGCCUCCCUCUGCUACCACGAGCGCUCCGACUCCAUCUCCUCCAACUUCAGCGGGAGCAACAACCAGCUCAACGCCAGCGCCAGCUCCCAGUACAUCUCCGACUUCAGCGUCCGCGCCCUUACGGACCUGCAGUAUAUUAAGAUCACACGCCUCCAGUAUCAAAAUGGCCUGAUGGCCUCCCGCCUUGAGAGCUGCCCCCAGUCUCCUGAUGGCGGCACCCCCAAAUUGGAUACCUCCUUGUCAGAAAAGGUGGAGACCUCAGUGACGGAUGAAACAACCAGCCUUUUGAAUGAGAGGAACUGCCAACACCACAAAGCAAACCACAGCCCCCCAGACAACGUCGUCUGACCCCGGCCUUUGGGCGACCCGGUCUGGUUUGUUUUGCCUCAGUCCUUCCCUUCCAAAGACGAGAACUUGGGGGCGGUGGGGGGGGGAAACACACCAGUGCCCACAAGAGGAUUUUGAUUGUGUACCUACAAACCUCAGGUAGUGGCUGCAGCCAGGGAGGGAGAACAUCCAGAUAAUUUUUCUCUCUAAGCUCUCCCCACAUCCACACACUCUUCCUUUGCAGGACAGUUUGAUCCGUCAACGGCCGGCAGCCUGACCGUGGAAACAGCUGCCCAGCUGCUGACGAAAAGGAUGCGGGUUCUGGAUACCAAAGGGAACUUGGUCACAGAGCGCCAAAGCCCAAACCGCGUGCUGUGAUCUGGAUGCACCUGUUUUCAUUUCAGGCGGGGGGUGGGGAGGGCCUGGCUGCCCUGAAGAUUUCCAAAGGGAGCUCGCUCCCUGCUUGCUUUUCUACGCCAGCUUUUUAUUUAAACAAACAGAAAGAGACAAAGCAGCACCAUGGCCAGGCGCGUUCAGAAGAGAGGAAUCCUAUUCUGGAGCACACCUGGCUCUUCUCCAGCUGAGACCACCUUGUGGAAAGUGGCACUCCCUGCCUCUAGUCCAGAGGCUGGCAGGUAGAGAGACCACACAGAACUGGCCAGAAGGAGAGCAGGGCAGCUGCUGGGGUCCUACAAAGGCAACAGCAGCCCCCUGCUGAGAGGACAAGAACCCUUUUGCUGUCUCAGGAAGUUCUGUUUCUUGCAUGUUGUCUGGGGGUCUGUUCUGUUAUUCUGUUAUAUUUUUAUUUUUUUAUCCAGCCCAUUGGGCACUGGACAGGAGACGAGUGUCUGACAAACAUCUAGGAACUAAGCAGGGUUUAAAAGUUGGUGGAACCCGCACUCUGCCCCUGGCCUGCCUCCGGGGGCAGUGGUGAGAGUGUUUCUUUUUGGAGGGCGGGGGAACUGUUGCUUCCUCAUUCAGGCUCUGAUCCCACUGAAGAAAGUGCGCCCCAAGGAUAAUGAGAUGAAUUGUGCCGCUUCACGAAUGCUUUCCCGGUAUGCUGUACGAAAAGCUUCCUGGAAAUCGAAAAAUGAGUGUAGCAGGGAGAAGGCAGGGCUAGAAUUUGUUGAACUCUUCUUUGCUUGCAGGGAGUUUAUGUUCUCUUAGUUGUUGCUCUUGUUUGUUUUUACAUGGGGGGUGGGGGACAUCCAGAAAUGGUAACCUCCAGAUACAGACUCAAAUGGUACAGUCCCUUCUGCUUAUUUCUUCUCCCAUGUAGAUCAGGCCAAGAAUGAUCAGCUCUGCUAGGCUCCUAGUUUCAAGGUCUCAUGCAGAAAUCUGACAGAGCCAAUGACAGUUCCCAGAUCUUGUAUGUGGUGCCUUUGGGGACUUAACAGAGUUGGAAGUGACAAUACCAGUUGCAGCACAGGAACAUCCCUGAAGGGUUUCCAGAUGCAGGAGUUUUCAGUCAUAACUGAAAUAAUAAAUUGUCUUUUGCUUUGUU